GCCCCGCCCCGCGGCCCCGCCGUACGCCGAGAACGGGCGGAGGCGGCGGGAGCGCCGCAACAUGGCGGUGUCUGGCAGCGGCGGGAGCCGGGCGGAUAACGGCUACGGCAGCCAGCAGCCGUGGCGGAGGAAGGCCCCGGGCGCGCUGGCCACGGCCUACCUCGUUCUCUACAACGUGGUGAUGACGGCGGGAUGGCUUGUUAUUGCAGUUGGUCUAGUUCGAGCAUACCUGGCUAAAGGUAGCUACCAUAGCCUUUACUAUUCAAUAGAAAAGCCCCUGAAAUUCUUCCAAACUGGAGCUUUGCUUGAGAUUCUGCACUGUGCAUUUGGCGUUGUUCCCUCUUCUGUUGUUCUGACUGCUUUCCAAGUGAUGUCAAGGGUUUUCCUGACGUGGGCAGUAACACAUAGUGUAAAAGAGGUACAAACUGAAGAUAGCGUACUGUUGUUUGUAGUGGCCUGGACAAUCACUGAGAUAAUCCGUUAUUCUUUUUAUACAUUUAGUUUGUUAAACCAUCUCCCUUAUCUCAUCAAAUGGGCCAGGUACACUUUGUUUAUAGUAUUGUAUCCAAUGGGAGUCUCAGGCGAAUUACUCACAAUAUAUGCUGCAUUACCCUUCGUCAGGCAGUCUGGCUUGUAUUCCAUUAGUUUACCUAACAAGUACAAUUUCUCUUUUGACUACUAUACAUUCCUGAUCCUGGUUAUGAUAUCUUACAUUCCAAUCUUUCCUCAGCUGUAUUUUCAUAUGCUACAUCAGAGGCGAAAGGUACUCUCCCACACUGAAGAACACAAGAAGUCUGAGUAAUUCCAACUGUUUUUCAGAACUUUUCAAACAUCAAAAUGCUGCAGGUUUUUCAAUACCCAGCACAUUUAUAAAGAAUAUAUCAAUAUGAAAUAAGUCAGAGGUAAAAGACCAAUAAUUUAGCAAGAAUAACCAAUAAAUCUGAUUUCACUGAAAUUCCACAAUGUAAAACACUGAAAUAAUGUUCAGCUUGCAGUGCUUCAGAAAACAAACUUCAUAUGGCUUGGCAGUUAGCCUUUUCCUUAAAUGAUGUGCUAAAUGGUUUUCACUUAUUACUAAAUGCCUGAAGGUUGCAGUAUGAGUGAUGAAGUUGUACUCACUAAAUGCUUGAAUUGGAUUAUAUUACUGAUACCUCUUUUUAAGUGCUUGACUGCAUGCCAGAAACUGUAUGUAUUGCUGUGAAAGCAAACAAUAUGCUCUGGAAUACGUUAGGAUUUUGUCAGAGACUCCAGUGGAGAAUAUAAUCUGGGCAAAGUGUUUGAGUUUAGAAAGGCAGGUUGUGUAUUUAAAAGGUGAUGGGAACAAGAACAGGAAACCAAUUAUGGGAAAUGAGGGGAAUGUGGUUCUUCAGGAAUUUAAACAGUAGGGUAUCUGACCAGAGUGUGUUCUCUGAAGGUCUUGUUUAAGCUAAUUACUCAAAUGCUAAUGUUAAUUCAGAGGCUGUAAUGCUUAUCUGAAAGAUUAAAACUCCUCUUAAGUACUGCAUCCCUGGAUACUUCUUGAAAUAUUUUUUACAAAAGUAAUACUAACUGUAAUAUUUCUAGUGAUAAUCGGUAAUGAAUCUAAACAAUAUAAGGAGGCAGAUCACCCAGAAACAGGUGCAGCUCUCCAUUUUUUUACUUUAUCAUCUCUAAUCACUGUCCGCUAUCUCAGCGGUACUCACAUUUCAGUGUUGAGUAUUUGGUCUACUGUGGAAUCACACGAGGGCCUUGCUCCUCAACCUAACUUUUCUCAAGUACUAUUGUGUAUCACUUUGGCACAUCCAAGCAGGCAGUUCCAGGCACUCAGCUUCUGAAAUGUUGCAAAUGCAUAAGCUCUUUCUUUGAAAGCAGAUUAUCUCAUGUGUUACAUGCUGCUUUUGCAGAUUGGACAAGCCUUCCUUCCUCUGCUUUUUUGAAAGAGCAGAAGACCAUAGGAAAUUAAAUUUUCCGAGGUGCUUUCUCUGGGUUCUCAGGCUAAGCCUUCCUGUGGGAAGGUAAAACAAAAAAUGAGAAAACCUUGUGGGAAGGCAGAAAGCACUAACACUGUGUGAGCAGUGCCCUGAUUUAUGAACCAGUUGUUGAUUAGGGGCAGUGGGUGGGGAAUGGAAGGGACAAAGGGAGCAGGGAAAUGAACAGAUCCAAGCAAAGGCGAAAUGAAAUGUAGGUUAUGGCCUCUGCUCUGUUAGGAACUGAUGGUUGAAUAGUCCUAUCUUCACCCAGUCAGAGCCACUAGACAACAACACACGGGCUGCUCCGGCUUCCCUCUUGUGACAUCAUGAUUUAGUGCAUAAAUGAGGUGUGACCACUACCUUGGUACCUGCAAUACUACGUUUGUAGUAUCCCACUGUCUUCCUCCUGGAUGUGGCCCAUAUUUGUGUCCCAGUUACCUGUGUUUGAUGCAUCGCAGCUCUUCCGAAGUGUAGCCAGUAAGUACUAAGGGCACGGGCUGUAUGUUCUAGCACUUGGGGAGAGCUGGAUUUACAAUUAUUUUGGUUUAUUUGUCAGAGCUAUAUUUAAAAAACCAAACCAA